ACUUCAACCCGAGGGUGGCGGUAAUGCACCCAGAAGUUGUUUGCCAACCGCCCUAAAAAACAGAAGAAGAAUCGCAGGUUGAAAGAAAACCGCGGUGUUCAGCGCAGGAGACAGAAAAUAAAACAUACAAUCAUAAUGCUUCCCUUGUCUUUGCUGAAAACUGCCCAGAAUCAUCCCAUGUUGGUUGAGCUUAAAAAUGGGGAAACCUACAAUGGCCACCUGGUGAGCUGUGACAACUGGAUGAACAUCAACCUGAGAGAAGUCAUCUGCACUUCCAGGGAUGGAGACAAGUUCUGGAGGAUGCCUGAGUGCUACAUUCGAGGAAGCACAAUCAAGUACCUGCGAAUCCCUGAUGAGAUCAUUGACAUGGUGAAGGAGGAGGUGGUGUCUAAGGGCCGCGGACGUGGCGGCGCCCAGCAGAAUAAACAACAGGGCAAAGGAAGAGGAGGACCCGGUCGAGGCGUGUUUGGCGGUCGUGGCAGAGGGAUGUCUGGACCUGGGCGGGGCCAGCAGCAGCCGCCGUCCGAUAAGAAACCUGGAAAACCGCAGGGAAUGAAGAACCAGCACUGACAAACAGUUCUGCACUUGUGAUUACAUCCUGUUAACCGAGUGAUUCCUGCUUCAUACAGGAGGAUACAAUUAACCAUAUGUUUGUUUUUGAUGUGAUGGUUGUAGAACAAUACAGGUCUACACAAAAAGCUGUGCUGAUUGAACAGGUUUUUUUAAAUUAGUCAACAGCAGUUUUUCACUCAGUUGGCAUCUUCAUUUUUUGCAAUUUAUGUCAAACUACAGAGAAAAAUUCAUCUGUUGUGUUGUAAACAGUUUAGUUUCAGUUGUUUUGAUGGUAGUUUAUUCAUGUUGUUUCCAUGAUGUGAAACGCACCUAAAAUGUAUUUUUUAUUUACUUUAGCUGUUUUCUGUACAUUUGAUAUGAUCACAGGACUUAAGACCGUAGACUGACAGUUAAGAAAGUUCAGCUCCUGAAAUCUUUAGUUAAAAACACUUACAAGAUGAUGCAUGAUGAAAAUUGAGUAUUCCAGAAAAAGAUUCUCCUAUUAUUCAGACGGAAAUGGAAAAGUCCAAAAUAUGUUGAGUUGUUUCUUUUUAUUUUUGUAACAAAAUACAAUAUUGUAAUUUAUGUACAGAAGACCUUGAGAAUUAAAAACUCUUUGUGGAA